ACCGGGCAGCGGCUGUGCGGCAGCACCGCGCCGAGGGGACGCGACGAAGCGCGGCGCGGCGGUCGCCUCUCGGCCCGCGCCCCGGCGCCAGCACCAACGCUGAGCCGCCGCCGCCACCCGCCUGCCCGCCCGCUGCGAGGGAGCGGCGCCGCCGCCCGGGCUCCCCGCCUCCCCCUCCCGCUCCUCCUCCCUCCCCCCCCCCCUCCUCCUCCUCCCGCGGUAGCGAGCGAGCGAGAUGGCGGCGGCCGGGGCUCUGGCUAAGCACGAGCAGAUCCUGGUGCUCGAUCCGCCCACCGACCUCAAAUUCAAAGGUCCCUUCACAGAUGUAGUAACUACAAAUCUUAAACUACGAAAUCCAUCAGAUAGAAAAGUAUGCUUCAAAGUGAAGACCACAGCACCUCGUCGAUACUGUGUGAGGCCGAACAGUGGAAUUAUUGAUCCAGGAUCGUCUGUAAUUGUUUCAGUAAUGCUACAGCCUUUUGACUAUGACCCAAAUGAGAAGAGUAAACACAAGUUCAUGGUACAGACAAUCUAUGCACCACCAAAUAUUUCAGAUAUGGAGGCAGUGUGGAAGGAGGCAAAACCUGAUGAGUUAAUGGACUCCAAGUUGAGAUGUGUGUUUGAAAUGCCCAAUGAAAAUGAUAAAUUGAAUGAUAUAGAUGCAAGCAAAUCUGCCCCAGUACUGAAUACAUCUAAACAGGAUGGACCGAUGCCAAAACCACAUAGUGUUUCACUUAAUGAUACUGAAACAAGGAAGCUAGUGGAGGAGUGCAAAAGACUUCAGGCAGAAGUUAUGAAGCUGUCGGACGAAAAUCGGCACCUGAGAGAUGAAGGCUUGAGGCUCAGAAAGGUAGCACACUCGGAUAAAUCUGGAUCACCCACAGCCUUGGCCCUAAGAGAUAAUGGCUCUAAUUCUCUUCCUUCGCUUCUUGUUGUAAUUGCAGCCAUUUUCAUUGGAUUCUUUCUAGGGAAAUUCAUCUUGUAGAAAGAAUGAGUGAGAGAAGCAUGCAAAAUGCAGCUUCUUUUUUCUUUUCUUUUUUUCCCUUGGCCAGAAAAAAAUUGUUUACCUACCACUUCAUUGGUAGUAUGGCCCAAGUGACCAUUUUUGUGUACAGCAUCAUAGCAGGCUUUGCCUUUAAUGAUCUCACACGGUUAGAAAACACAAUUUAAAAAGACAAACUGUUCGGCUACUGGACAAAAUUGUACAUUAAAUCAUCAAUAGCAGAUGUCAGUUGCAUAUUCAGUCCUUUAUGAAAAUUCAUAAAUAAAGAAUUGUUCUUUCUUUCUGUGGUUUUAAUAAGAGUUCAAAAAUUGUUCAGAGUCUUGUAAAUGUUAUUUUAAUAAUCCUUUAAAAUUUUAUCUGUUACUGUUACCUCUUGGAAAAAUGAUUUAUUAGAUUGCUAAUCCCACUCAUUCAGGAAUAUGACAAGAGGUAUUCUGGGGGAAAUGGUGCCUCGUUCUGUGUAAAUUUUCUCCUUACCUUACUUUGCUAAUAUCAUGGCAGAAUUUCUUUCUUAUCCCUUGUGAGGCAUUGUUAAGAGUUUUUCAUCCUUACAAUCCUGUCCCAUAAUAUUUAACAUUACAAAAGAAAUAAAAUUGUUAACAGAUUUUCUGCUGGGUAGCCUGUUUGUGUGUGUUGUAUUUUUAGAAGGGAUUCCUAACAAGUUCAUUGUUCAUGGUAAUUUGCUACUUGUAACAAAUGGCUAUUUAAAAAUUUGUUUGCAUAAGUCUCUGGCUUAGACUGUUGUAAUUGAAGCUUGAAAAAAUUAAUAAGGGUUUCCAUUCUGUUUGUUAAAAAGUAAACUGUUUUCUGGCUGCUUUCAGCUACAGAGGAGAAAAUUAUCCAACUUGUUUUGAGACGGAAUAAUUUGGAUAUCCAGCAGGUAUAAAUAGCAGAAAUAAAUGUUUUUAGUAUAUUAACAAUUUGCUUGGAUUGUGCAGGAAUGUAAUAAAUCGACCUUCUGUUCAA